AUGGUGCAUGAAGAGAGAAAUGGUCAAAGGAAAUGCGGCUUUUCUCCCUUUCUUGCAGACAACUCAACUGUCCCCCCCCGCCCCCAGAGGAUCGCAUUUGUCGGUGUUGCUCAGUUGCUAGGCCAACAGAGCCAUGCAGAACGGCGGCUGUGCUUCGGGCUCGUUGCUGGCGCCGAGACGCGAGUCCGGCGUCGACCUGGCGCCGGUGAGCCCGCCCGUUGGGUUGGUGCGGCGGACGAUUUCGCUGUUCGAGCCCGGCUCCAACUCGCCGGCUUCAGGCGUCGCGUCAACUCGGCCGCGUUGGCCAGUCAACGGCGUCAAGACGACGCUGAAGUGGCAACCGGAACGGCU